CUAAAACAAGAAAAAAGAACAACAGACACAACACAAUCGAGCUCAUUCAUUUCUUCAAAUUUAUGUGUCGCACUCCAAAUUUCCCAAAAAAAAAAAAACAGAAUAUUACGAUUUGGCAAGAAAAGAAGAAACUUUAAUCCCUAAUUAAGAUUCAAAUCUCUUUGCAGGGUUUAUCAGUAAUUCGAUAAUGGCAGCAAUGAGAGCAGCACCUACCGCUGUGAUGCUUGCUCGAUCAAUCUUCCGGCCUCCGCUUCAUACACAAGUCUCAGUUCGUUUGUUUCGCGGUACGUCGCCGGCCGGCGGCGUUACCGCGCUGCGGUGGCGAACGCCGACUGGUUACUGCGCUGUGAGGUGCCAUUCUUCAAAAUCCGGCGGCCAGGAUAAGAAAUCGCCUGCGCGGCUGGUGGAGGUUCAGCGACUUUUGCACGAAGCAGAGGAGCGGUAUAAAGCCGCCGGAGGCGGAGCCGAGCCCAUUCCUCAAAUAACUCUAGAUCAUGUUUCUGUAAGCUAUGCCAGGAGUAGUGGGCCUGGAGGGCAAAAUGUCAACAAAGUAAACACGAAGGUAGAUAUGCGAUUUAAUGUAAAAAAGGCACAUUGGUUGAGCGAAUGGGUGAGGGAGAGGAUAAUGCAAAUGGAGAAGAACCGGAUCAACAAAGAUGGGGAAAUUGUUAUUUCGUCAACAAAGACUAGAACUCAAAAGGGCAACAUUGAAGAUGCAUUGGCAAAACUACAGGCGAUUAUCGAUGCUGCUUCAUAUGCCCCACCUCCUUCGCAGGAGACGGUAAAAAAGAUAGCAAAACUGUCGGCUAUUGGGGAGCAAAAACGUCUGGACACAAAGAAAUCCCACUCGCAAAAGAAAGCACUACGAAGAAGCCGAGACAGUUGGGACUAAUCUCUGAUUGUUAGAUGAUGAUGUUCUACACAGCAAUCUAUCUAUCUUGUAAAUACAUAUCUUAGAUGGCCUUCCAAUUUACACUUGUUUUGUAUUUUGAUUUAAUGUCAACUGCAUAAUCAAGAUUUGCUCUAUUACUCCAAAUGGAACAUUUCUUUUGAACCCAUCA